AUGACGACGACGGGCAGUCCUAAGAUUAUGUAUAGUGCACCACUAUUCCAAUCUCGACACAAUAUCGCUGACCACUCUGCCGCAAAGGACUACUUCAUGCACCGACUCAAGCUUGGACGUACUCCGGGCAAACUUGGCAGCAGCCACCACAAGCCAGACCCCGAUUUCAUGUUGGUGCCGCGAAAGGCACACAUCAAGGCCAAUUAUGCCGAUAAAGGACUCGACCUACCCCAUCUACCUGGAGAGCUGAUUUUGGACAUACUCGAGCUACUACCGCCGGUCGACGCACUCAGUCUUCGUAUGACAUGCAGACAUAUCUGGGAUCUGUCAUCUACAUUUCAAAGCUGUUUGAGGGGGCCUCAGGGUGGAGAUUUCGACGAAUACGCCUGGCGCCUGCGCAAAGAUUGUUUCAAUCGAAUCGCGGAGUACGAGGAGACUAACACCAUUUCCAGACGGUAUACACCAUUUGAAAAACUUUUGUGCAGCUACUGUACAGACUUCCAUCCAUCAUCGGCUUUCGGAGCGCUCGAACGGGAAUGUCCGGCUAUAAUCGCCAGCGAAAGACAAUGCACAGCAUCCGCUGGCACAAUCUACUUGUGCCCACAUACUCAGAUGGCCUUUGAGCACUUCAUCAGGCUGUCCAAAAGACCUGGGACAGGACGUUCAUGGCCAGCAUGCUCGCAAGGAUGUAAUACUCUCAUCACAUCAUGCGAAGAGUCGUGUUGCUUCAGUCUGACUCAAACAAUACCUCUAUACAGAGCAGGCGAACGUAGCCCCUGGAGAACGCGACAGCACCUCACGCCAGAACACCGCGAGACCUGUUGUGCCACUUGUCUCUUCGGAUCGACACCCUUCACCAAAAUCGUUGAGGCAAUAAAAGACAUUGACAUAUAUGUCUGUCCGCAUGUGCAAGGAACAGAAAAGGUUGCCGAUACUCUCAAGUCGAUGAGAGAAGCCCCAAAGUUGGGGUACAUCGGUUGUAAACACAAAGACCAUGGCUCCCAGAUCAUAUUAAAGGAUCCUGAACGCAGGCGCUGGAGUUGCAAAGCCCGUGGUUGCGAAGCGAGGUUACAUGUUGUGUUCGAUAAGCAUGGGGUCGAGAUCAGAACUUUCAGGGACCUGAGUUUGACGAAGGUCACGGCAGAGAACUGGAGAGCGAGCAUUCAGCCUCCAGUGUUUGGUACUUGGAUGGGAUAG